AUGGCCUCGAGAUAUUUCCGACAGGCAGCGGUAAUCACGGCACUGCUAGUCGUCACUAGAGCACAGCAAUCAGACGUCGUACCUGAGGAUUUACGAGCCGGCUUCAAAUCUACCGGCAAGGAAGUUCAAGUCUCUUACACCAACGAAGCUGUAAAUGGCUUCGAAGAUGGAACGUCAUUCGAAAAAGAUGCUGUCGCAAAAGAACCUACAUUUGCUCUCGGCGACAGCAGCGGUAUCUCCCCCACAACACUCUACACCAUCCUCAUGAUCGACACCACAUGCCCAAAUGCGCGCAAAUUGCACUAUGCCCGUGCCAAUUUUAAGAACAACUUCCAGAUCACGAACAUUGAUACCCAAUCCGCUGCACUGCUGGACUACAAGGCGCCUGGUGCACUGGGGGAGACAGGUGACAAUCGACAAUACACCUUCCUAAUGUAUACGAAUCCCGGACGCAAGCAAAUAGAUCAGCUGCAGUUGCCAGCUGAGGGGGAGAACUUUGAUGUUCAAAAGUUCCAGAGUGAUAAUGGGUUGAGUGACGCUGCGGCGGGAGUAGGCAUGGUAGUGAAGUUGGGCGGAACAGCAAACUGUGGAGGUGAUCAGCCAAAUAAGGUUCCUGAUAAUUCGCCGUCUGCACAGCCUGCGCCGAGCUCUGCUGCGAGGGCGUCGAGUGCUGCUCCUGCACCGUCAUCGAAAGAAUCUAGGGGAGGCAACGAUAGUCGCCCAUCAGUAACCUCUCUUAGGCGGACCACUGCCACUGAUCUCGCUGGUGCCUCCAGCGUCCUCCAGACGGGCGCGCCCGGCGCUUCCACGAUAGCUCCAGCGAUCAGCCCAUCGAACCGUCCUGGGGGAGCUGGACCUACUGGAGGAGCGGGAGCUUCUGGAAGUCCGACAGCAAGCACUAGUCUAGCACAACAGACGGCUAAUGCUGCUCCUGGGAUGUUGACUUCCCAUGGUUUGGCGGUAGCUCCAUUGUUGGCUAUCGCCGGUGUACUAUUGUGGUGA